AUAUAUACAAACUUGAAGUUUUGAACUACGAAGUACCCUCCUUGCCUUUCCAACAUACUGCUCUUCCCAACGCAGCGACUUUCUCGAAAUAGAAGUGUUACUUCCUCAAAUUACUAAUUAAACCAUUAAUCAGCUGUUCAGUUUUUAAUUUUGCAGCCCUUUGGAUUGGAGUAACCGUAUCUCCUGUUUAUAUAUAUCUAUAUUUUUUGGAGACCUUUUUGUGUUUAUCAUUUGUUUUGGCUUGAAAAAAAAGUUACAAGAUUCUUGUAAAGGAAAAAACAAAGGUGAGGUGUUUUUUGAUCAUUUGAAACUUGUCCAGUUUUAUUUUUGAUAUUCGCUUGCAAGAACAAGAUUGGCAAUCAAUUCAUUUUUGAACAGUGCUCUUUAUUUCUAGAGAUCGCGAACAUAUCGGAAAUAUUAAUCAAAAACUUCAUUUAAUUUGAAAGCUUGAAAAUUUGCAUUGUACGAAGACUUGGAGAAUGUCAAACACAAACUUUAAUCCUCAGUCUUCUAAACAAUUACCUGAACUCCCAAACUUGGAGGUAUUACGAAGCUUGUGGCCUUCUCAACCAUCAAACGAACCUAAUGACUCCAGGAGUGUCUGGUCUAACAGACCGGCGGAGCCUGUGCAUGUGCUAUCAAAUCCUGCUGCGAAUAGUUUUACUUCUCCUUUAAAACGUCCAGCUCCUGAUUCUCGUGAAGCUCCUAUGGGAAGAAGAAUUAUGGUUGAUGAUCCACGCUUAGCGAAAGCUGUGAAGUACGAUUUUACCCGGCACUGUACGGAUUAUGGUCAUUCUUAUGAAUGGCCUUAUUUUCGUUCUGUUCGUCGUGAAUCGUUGAUGUAUGGUCCACCACCUGCUGCUGUUCCUCCUGAAUCUCCUGUUUUUCCACCCUAUUCUGCUGAACCAGCUAGCCUACAACCCAAAUACUAUCCACCCGAGUCUGAUAUUCCCGCCACAUUUUAUGAUCGUGCUCGUUUUGGACUGCAGCCCCCUUCAAAACGUAGAACAUUGAGUCCUCCUCCAAGAAGAGUUGUUGAUCCAUAUGGCCCUCACUUUGUUGAGGAGGAUCCAUACUCAAAAUCCUCUUACGCAUUGGCUGGGGAUCGUCCUCCUUUAUCAGCCCCCAUGUAUCCUGUUGGCUAUCCUCCGUAUAGUGCGAAAGCUCCUUCCCAAAUAGCUGCUGAUGAUUUUCGUGGGACUGCUAGUAGAUAUCCUUUGACGGCUAGUGACGUUCGGGCUUCUCAUUCUCCUGGACUCAUUGAUCCAUAUACUCAUCGUCCUGUUGCAGACGUUGCUUAUGCGGAUCGUUCUCAUUAUGCUAUGAAUGCAGAGCCUUAUUCGGCUCCUCCUCCUAGAAAGGAAAAACCAAAGCCACGUGCUCCUACACCUCCUCCAUUAAAUUUUGCUAGAGCCAGUGAGUACAGAAAUGACAAAGGUGAACGGAUAUCUAUGAUCAAUCCUCGUGUAAUUCUUGAUGAAAAUGGAAUAUCUAGCCGCUCUCGUUAUUUUAUAAUGCUUUGUGAUAACGAGACGGCUAUUUCUCAUGCAAAGAAAACGUCCAUUUGGGCUGUAAAGCACGAUGCAGCAUCCCGUGUAUCAGAUGCUUACAAGAAUGCUAGUAUUUAUUUCAUUUUUAUUGCUAAGCCAACAAACAACGCUCUUGGCUAUGCUCAAGUUGUUAGUGAUUUGAAUAGCGCGGAGCUUCCGUUUUGGGCAGAUAAUGCUACCUAUGCUGGAGGCGUUCGCGUGAAGUGGAUUAAAACUUGCAAUCUUUUCUCUGCCGAGAUAUCUGAUAUCGUUGGACGAAUGAACCAUGGAGCAACCGCUAGAGAUGGAAUGGAAAUGAUGUACGAUGAAGGUUGCCGUCUUUGCAUAUUGGUUAACUCGGCCAUCAUGAAGCGAAUCGGUCGUGAUCGGUAACAAGUUCCAAACAUUAAAGAUUCUGUUAAACCGUUGAUGCGAAUCCACUCGCCGAAUUUUCAAUUCCGUUAAAAAAAGAAACCUUUGAAUUGCAAAGUAAAAAGAAAACUUGAAACGUGUUUUUGAUUAAAUUAUACAUGUUUUGUGAAUUAUGAAUUUUUCGCUCCAUGGAAGUUUACUAAAUCGGUUUCAGCUCGCCAUUGAAUCAUUCAAAUCUAAUAAUGCCUAGUUUUAACUUAGAUAUUUAAUGAAAGUCUUGGUUAUUGAAAUAAUAAACAGUCA